AUGGAACGACCCGCCAGGGCGCUCUCGCGGCUGCAAGACGGAGGCGAAGCCGGCGAUUUCAGCGAAGACGCCAUCACGAAGGCGUUCAUCACGCUGCUAAGCGCGGAGAAGAACAAGGACACGCGCAAGGCGAUCCUGGGCUCGCUCGCCAUCUCCGAUUACACGAUCCCGUUCGUCGUGGAGCGCACGCGCGACGCGUCGGAGGAUGUCCGCCGCGUCGCGUUUCUCGCGAUGACGUCAAAGGCGCGUUCUACCUCACACUGGUCCCCAUACGACCCCGUUCGCGUGGUGAACGCCAUUCCUUAA